AUGGGCAAGUGGCUAACAAUCGAAGAAAAGUAUCAGCUUAUUGUGAAACACCGUAAUCACCCGACACUUUCUCAAGUAAAAUUAGCGCAAUGGGCCAUGGUUGCCUUUAAUUUAGAGCGAGCUCCAUCCGCAAAUACAGUGAAGAAGAUUCUCCAGACAUCGCAUGAUAUUGAACAGAAACAUCAUCAAGGAAUUACAAAAAGAGGACGUGAUGUUGUCAGUCCGGAGCUUGAGAUGGCACUUCAGAGCUUUGUACAAGGAUGUGAGACAGAUGGUGUGUGUCUUUCUCGUAAAUUAUUGGUACAAAAGGCACAGAAAUUACUGCAUGAGGUACCACUGGAAAGACGUCCCAAAUUAGGCCUCUCCGUGGGCUGGAUGACGAAUUUUAUGGCUCGACACGGUCUUCGGUUUCGACAGUUUCGACGCCGGCGGACAGAGGAAAAGACGUUUGUGGAUGGUGCAAUUCUAGCGACAAAACCACAUCGUACCCUUGUGACAGAUGUGACGGAUCAUUUAGCUCUAGCACGAGACAUAGCAGGGAGACAGAGUUGUUUUGUCGAGAAGAAGGUUCAUGGUAGUUACUCAAAUGUGACGGAAGCUACGUUGAAUGGAAAAAGAGAGAAAAUUGUCUUGAUUACAGGUGCAAGUAGAGGGAUUGGAUUGGCCUUUGUGAAGUAUUAUAUGAGGCAAGGGUGGCAAGUGAUUGCUGCAGUGAGAGAUGUGGACAAGGCGCAACAGGUGAAAACUUUGUGUCCGUGGAAACUGGUUACCUUGGAGGUGACGGAGCAACAGUCAAUUGAAGAGAUGGUAAAGAAGCUUGCCGGAGUGAAUGUUGACCUGUUGAUCAACAAUGCCGGCGCAUCUGGACUUUUUGACCUGGAUCAGACGACAAUGGAGGACUGUGUGCGCCAGUUUCAGGUAAAUGCUGUAGGUCCCUUGCUCGUUACACGCGCGCUGUUACCUAACUUGCGACUAGCGGUGAGUGCGAGAGGGUGUGCGUUUGUGGCUCAAGUCACGUCGCGCAUUGGUAGCAUAUCGGACAACAGUUCUGGUAGUGCUUAUGCGCAUCGUGCAUCGAAAGGUGCGCUCAACGUAAUCACAAAAAGCUUGGCGAUUGACUUGGAAUCGCAGAAUAUCGGAUGUUUGCUGCUGCAUCCAGGUAAUGUGAAUACUGCGUACAACAACUACGGCGGCGCUGUGGAGCCUGAGGAAAGCGUGGAGGGUAUGGCCCGUCUUAUAGCUCGUGCAAAGAUUGGAGAUCCAUUGCAACUUCUUCACUUUGGUAAAGGAGAUGUUAUUGACUGGUAG